AUGGCCUCCUCCCUCCUCGUCGCGCCGUCAGACUACUCGGAGCCAGUGAGCAUCACGCUCUCGCCGUCGACGUCGGUCCGCGCCUUGAGUCCCGGCCCAGCUCCCACCACCGCCGGAGAAGGGCACAACGGCAGCAGCAACUCUGGGUCCAGCAAUAAGGACAUUAUCGGCAUUGCGGUCGGUAGCGCCAUCGGAGGCGCGGUCGUCCUCGUCGGCCUGGGAAUCCUCUUGUGGGUUUGCUGUCGGCGGCGACGGCUCGACCGCUCCGACUCGGAGCAGUCCAUCGCCCACCACGGACGCAACAGCAGCAGACGCGGAGCGCCGUCAGCCCUCACGCGUUCCAGCUUUGGCAGCUCGUACCCCUCUGGUCUCGUCGCUCCCGAGCCGCGGUCACUCAAGAGUGUUUCGCCUGGUGGCGCCGUCUCCUACGUCUCGCAGCCGACCGGGUCACCAUCAACCCCUUCCCGCCCCCACAGGCCAGCGCGAUCGCUCCGCUCGUCGCUGGGCAUUAUUAUCCCCGACUCUCCGCCGAGCAAAAUCCGGGUCCCGCCGCCGCACGUGUCGGUCAACGGAGGAGUCGACGAGCUCGACUCGGCCCCGCAGCUCGCACUGCCCAUGUCGAUGGUGCAGCAGCACCCCAACGCGUCGCAGAGCUCGCUCGUGACGCCCUCAGAAAAGUGGCUUCACGCGUCCCCGCGCAGCGCCAGCGGCAACACGUCUCGAAGCAGCCGAAGCGCGAAGCGGCUCGGCCAGGCGCGCCUCGGAGCGCCAUUGUUCCAGGAUGGGACGGAACAGCAGACCCCAGUGACACCGCCGCCCAGAGCAGCGAAGCGCAACUCGCGGUUCGUCCAGGUGUAA